GUAGUAUUGCAUAGAUACGCCCAUCCGUGAAAUCCGAGGAAGUUAGCUAGCUAGACAAUCUAGCUCUGCAUUUUAGUUUAGCUUUCUAGCUAGCUCAUUUAGCUACAAACAAAUAAUAAUCCACAUAAAUAGUUAUUAUCAACGAUGGACAAGCUUCGUAGUAUGAUGGGGGGACGAGAAGACAACGAGGAAACGGGUCUCACGGCGCAGGUCCUGGAUGCCUCGACCCUCAGCUACAGCACCCGGCUGAAGUGGUUCGUCAUAUGCUUCGUUUCAGGCAUCUUGUGCUCCAUACUGGGCACUGCACUGCUGUUCUUACCCAAUGGCACCAAGCUGUUUGCUGUGUUCUACACACUAGGAAACCUUGCUGCACUCUCCAGCACCUGUUUCCUGAUGGGACCUCUAAAGCAGCUGAAGAGAAUGUUUGAACCGACCAGACUGAUAGCCACCUGUGUUGUGCUGCUCUGUCUCGUUUUGACUCUUUGUGCUGUUUUCUGGUGGCAAAAGAAGGGACUGGCCAUCAUCUUCUGCAUUCUACAGUUCUUAGCAAUGACAUGGUAA